AUGUCGACCGCUGAUACCAGCUCCCCCACCAACAGCACCCGCACCAUGUCCACCGUAACCUCCGCCGCACCGUCCGCCGCGCCGUCCGGGCCGCCCGUGUCGAUGAGCUCGUCGAGCGUCACGGGCACCAAGGCCCUGGCGAAGCGCGCCAUCCGCGUCGCGCAGGCCGUCGCGGACGCGCGGCUCGACAGCGCGUACGAGAACGAGUCGGAGGGGUUCGACUAUCACGACUCGGUCGAGGCCAGCAAGGGCAUCACGCAGACGGACGGCGGGCAAAGCGGCGCGCAAGGCGGCGGGAAACCCGGCGGCGCGCCGGUCGCGUCGUACCUGCAGCGCAUGCAGCGCGGCGGGUUGAUCCAAGCGUUCGGAUGCCUGGUGGUGGUGGAAGAAGCGACGUUUAACGUGCUUGCUUUUAGCGAGAACGCCAAGGACCUGCUGGGGCUGAUCCCGAAGCCCAAGACGGAGGAAGAGCUGGAGGCGGAGAAAAAGGCCGCGGAGGAGGAGGAGCGGAAGAAGGCGGAAGAGGCGGCGAAGGCGGAGGCGGCAACGGCGUCCCCGAGCAAGGCGUCUCCUGCAAAGUCGGGCAUUGGCCGCGCCUUCUCGUCCCUCAAGGACAAGAUCUCCUCCGCGAUUCGCGGGCACAAUGCGGCAAGCUCCAAGCACUCCAAGGAGCGCGGACGCAGCGCCGGGCCUUCCGCGAGCUCGGGCGGGCGCGUGGGCUCCCCCGCGCGCUCGCAGUCCCCCUCGCGCAAGUGGCGCAGCGGGUUCCGCGCAAGCCGCCGCGCGGAGGACUUUGAGGGCGCGCACUCCAACCUGAGCAAGGCGGGGGACGCGGACUCCGCUCCGCCUGCUCCGCCUCCGCUUCCGCCGCUCCCCAACUCGCCGUGUCGAACCGCCUCUCCUCUCCUCUCCCUCCCCUCUCCCUCUCCCCUCCCUCCCCUCUCCCUCUCCCCUCCCUCCCCUCUCCCUCUCCUCUCCCUCCCCUCUCCCUCUCCCCUCCCUCCCCUCACCCUCUCCCCUCCCUCUCCUCUCCCUCCAGAUUUCGGGGUGGACGCGCGUGUGCUCUUUACUCCUGACAGCGUGACAGCCCUCGAGAAGGCAACAGGCGCGGCAGACCUGAGUAUGAUCAACCCGGUGUUAGUCGAGGCGGCAGUGUCGAACCGCGGGGACCACCGGCCGUUCUACGCCAUCCUGCACCGCAUCGACGUGGGCAUCGUCAUCGACCUCGAGCCCAUCCGACUCACUCCCUCCCCCUUUUCCUCUCCUCUCCUCCCUUCCUCCCCUCCCUCCCCUCCUCUUUCUCCCUCUGCAGAUUUCGGGGUGGACGCACGCUCCCUUUUUACUCCCGACAGCGUGACGGCUCUGGAAAAAGCAACAGGCGCGGCCGAUCUGAGCAUGAUCAACCCAGUUCUUGUGGAAGCAGCUGUGUCCAACCGCGGGGACCACCGGCCGUUCUACGCCAUCCUGCACCGCAUCGACGUCGGAAUUGUGAUUGACCUCGAGCCCAUCCGCGACGCCGAAAACAUCUUCACCGGCGCCGGCGCGCUCCAGGCGCACAAGCUCGCCGCCAAGGCCAUCGCUAGGCUCCAACGCAUGCCGCCCGGCGACAUGACCAAUCUGUGCCAGGCUGUCGUGGAGGAGGUGAAGGAGCUGACUGGGUACGACCGAGUCAUGACGUAUAAAUUCCACGAGGACGAGCAUGGAGAGGUGCUGGCCGAAGCUAAGAAAGAAUCCAUGGAGCCUUACCUCGGCCUCCACUACCCUGCGACCGAUAUCCCCCAGGCCAUCCGGUUUCUGUUCAUGAAGAACCGCGUGCGGUGCAUCUGCGACGCGUAUUCCGAUGAGGUGAAGGUGGUGAGGGAUGAGGGGCGGCUCAAGCAGCCGGUGACGCUGGCGGGGUCGCAGCUGCGGGCGGCGCAGCGGUGCCACAUCCAGUACAUGCGCAACAUGGGCACCACCGCCUCCAUGACCAUGGCUGUGAUUAUCAACGACGAGGACGCCGCACAGCCGGCCCAGCAGCAGGGAGCUGGCGGCGCUGCUGCUGCUCCCGCGCAGGCGAACCGAGGGAAGAAGCUGUGGGGGCUGGUGGUGUGCCAUCAUGAAACCGCCCGGUACCUCCCGUUCCCGCUGCGCCUGGCGUGCGAGUUUCUCAUGCAGGUGUUUUCGCUCCAGGUGAAUAUGGAGCUUGAGAUGGCCCGGCAGCACCGCGAGAAGGAGAUGCUCCGCACGCAGACGCUGCUCUGUGAUCUCCUCAUGCGCGGGGAUGCUCCCCUCGGGAUUGUCUCGCAGAACCCGAAUAUCCGGGACUUAGUUAAGUGCGACGGCGCCGCGCUGUACUACGCCGGGCGGUUCUGGCUGCUGGGGACCACUCCCACUGAGAUGCAGAUCUUGGAUAUUAUUGACUGGCUGGAUUCUGCGCAUCCGGAUUCGUCCGGUCUGAGCACUGACAGCCUGGCAGAGGCGGGGUACCCGCGAGCCGAGGAGCUCGGGGAAGGGGUGUGCGGGAUGGCGUGUGCGCGGCUGUACGCGAGAGACGCGCUGCUGUGGUUCCGCUCGCACGUGCGGAAGGAGGUGCGGUGGGGCGGGGAGAAGCACGACAAUAGAGACAAGGAUGACGAGCGGCCGGAGCGGAUGGACAUGGGGCCAAGGGCGAGCUUUGCGGCGUUUCUGGAGGUGGUGAGGCAGCGGUCGAUGCCGUGGGAGGACGUGGAGAUGGACGCCGUGCACUCGCUGCAGCUCAUUCUGAGGGGGCAUUUGACGUCCUUCAGUGACAACGAUAUGAGGGACAUGAUGCUCAACCGCAUGCGCGACCAGGAAAUGGAUCGUCUGAGUGCGACAGAGAGUGAGAUGGUGCGAGUGCUCGAGACAGCAACAGCGCCCAUCCUAGCCGUGGACAGGGAUGGGUGUGUCACCGGGUGGAACGCCAGGCUGGCAGCGCUGACGGGGCUGGCCACAGGGGACGCCCUGGGAAAACACCUGAUCACAGACCUGGUGGUGGAGGGCAACGUGGACGCUGUUGGGAGGGCGCUCUUCCUGGCCCUGCAAGGUCAGGAGAGCAAGGAGCUGGAGAUCCAUCUGCGCACCUGGGGGGUCGUCCAAUCCAACAAGGAUUCGGUCAUCCUCGUGGUCAACGCCUUUGCCAGCCGCGGGACAGCCAUGGGAGGGGAUGACAUGGAGGACGUGGUGGGGGUGUGCUUCGUGGGGCAGGACGUGACGGCUCAGAAGGCGGUGCAGGGCAAGUUCACGCGCCUGCAGGGGGAUUAUGAGGCCAUUGUUCACGGGAACAACUCACUCAUCCCCCCCAUCUUCUCUACUGACGACUUUGGCAACUGCACGGACUGGAACCCCGCCAUGGAGAGGAUCACCGGGGUGCCACGUCAGCAGGCGAUCGACCGGCUGCUGCUGGGCGGCAUUUUUGGCCCCAUCUGCCGCAUGAAGGCGGACACGAUGACGAAGCUCAUGAUUGUGAUCAACAAGGCCAUGUCCGGCCAGAUGACCGACCGUUACCCCUUGGAGUUCCUCGAUGCCCAUGGCCAACUGGUGGAGGCGCUUCUGACCGUCCAGACGCGCCGCGACUCGGACGGGCAUGUCACGGGGGUGUUCUGCUUCCUGCACACCGUGUCCGCGGAGCUCCAGGCAGCCCUCAACCUGCAGCGCGCCACGCAGGACUUCGCCAAGGAGAAGGCCAAAGCCGUCGCCUACACGCGAGAUGCCAUCCGUGGGCCUCUGGACGGGAUCGAGCAUGCGCUGGAGGGGCUGCGGAAGGAGGAGCAGGAGGGGCGGCUGGUCGGGGAGGAGGAGAGGAACGCGGUGGGCGUGGCGGAGCGGUGCAAGGAGCAGGUGGAUCGUAUUCUGGGGGAUGACGACAUUGACACCAUUGAAGAGGGCUACGUCAACAUCAUCCCGGCCGUCUUCACCAUUGCCUCAGUCAUCGAUGCAGUCAUCGCCCAGGGCAAGCAAGCCGCCUCUCGCCGCGGCGUCUCCCUCGCCUUCGACCCGCCGCAGCAGCUGCGCUCGUUCCCGGGCCUUGCAGGGGACCCAGCUCGCCUGCAGCAGGCCCUGGCGGAGUAUCUCACGAGUGCCGUGGCGUUCACGCCGCAAGGCGGGUGGGUGAAGGUUCGGCUUGUGACGAGCACGCGCAGUCUCUUUGGCGACCAGGGCUCCCUCAAAUGCGAGUUCCGGGGACCGAGCUCGCCUGCAGCAGGCCCUGGCGGAGUACCUCACGAGUGCUGUUGCCUUUACGCCGCAAGGCGGGUGGGUGAAGGUGCGCCUCGUCACGAGCACGCGCAGUCUCUUUGGCGACCAGGGCUCCCUCAAAUGCGAGUUCCGGUGAGUGCAAGCAGCAGGGAUUGGGGGGGGGGGAGUGAGGGCUUGUGGAAGGUGUGUGGCGGGUUUGGCAUGGGGUGGGAUGGCCUCGCAGGGGACCGAGCUCGCCUGCAGCAGGCCCUGGCGGAGUACCUCACGAGUGCCGUGGCGUUCACGCCGCAAGGCGGGUGGGUGAAGGUGCGCCUCGUCACCAGCACCAGGAGCCUGUUUGGAGAUCAAGGCUCCCUCAAAUGCGAGUUCCGAGUGCAACACUCGGGUUCUCUCCCCCAGGAGCUGGUGCAGCAGCUGUACGACGAGGCAGACCCCACCACGCUCUCUGAGCUGGUGCAGCAGCUGUACGACGAGGCAGACCCCACCACGCUCUCUGAGCUGGUGCAGCAGCUGUACGACGAGGCGGACCCCACCACGCUCUCUGAGCUGGUGCAGCAGCUGUACGACGAGGCGGACCCCACCGCGCGCACGCAGGAGGGGCUCGGGCUCUCCAUCUGCCGCAAGAUCCUGCUCGCCAUGGCAGGCGACGUGCAGUACGACCGCAACUACAACGCCUGCGAGUUUGUCGUGCGGAUUGGCUUCCCCUUUGCUUAG